AUCCGGCGUCCUUGCCGGUUAGCUGCUGUUGGUGUAUGGAGAUGGCGGACAGUGCAGUUACAGUGACAGUUGCUCAUGCAAGCUCCAAACACAACAUCACACUCACAGGACAGGAUGGAAAUGAACCUACACUUAAAGACCUGUCAGAAACUCUGGCACAAGCCACUGGGGUACCACAAGCUUCUCAGAAAAUAAUAUUUAAAGGAAAAUCUUUGAAGGAAAUGGAGGAAAGUCUGUCCAGCCUUGGAAUAAAGCAAGGAUGUAAACUUAUGAUGAUUGGGAAAAGGAAUAGUCCAGAGGAGGAGGAUGAACUGAAAAAGCUGAGAGACAUCGAGAAGCGUGUGGAGCAAACAGCCAAGAAGUUGGAGAAAGUCCAUGGUGAACUGACCGGAUUAAAAAAUGGCAUUUUAGCAAAGGAUCUACAGGCUGAAGCUCUUAAUAAACUGGACCGCCGAGUAAAAGUGGCUGCUGAACAGUUUAUGAAGAUCCUUGAGGAGAUUGAUGGCAUGACUGUGCCUGAGAAUUUUAGCGACUGUAGGAUGAAGAAAAAAGGACUUGUCAAAACUGUACAGGGGUUCCUUGCUCAGUGUGACAAGGCUGAAGCCGGCAUAUCGGAUCAUCUGGCAAAGAUUCAGAACAAAAAUCUCGCCCUGACUGAGUAGUAGGAAGACGUUAACAUCAGCGAUUACGUUAUUUGCUCUGUGAGCAACUGAGGAAGGAUCAGUACUGAGCUUCAGUACUGGAGCAGGUUCAACUAUGUUUCUUUAUGUAUACGUCCUUUAAAGGGCAGCUUAAAACCUGUCCCAGUGAUCUGGAGGUUAAAAGGUAAAAUGGAAAAAUGCAAAAAAAAAUUCAGCAGCAGCGUCAUGCUGAAAUUCAGAUUGGUCUAAUGUUCGACAUUUGUUUCUUUAAACAAUGUGGGUAAGGACAUGUACACUGCACAGGUAGUGGGUCUUUUAUAACCAUUUUAAUUACAAGGUACAGUACCAGUCAAAAGUUUGUACACCCCUACUCAUUCAUAGGUUUGUCUUUUCUACAUGGUAGAACAAUACUGAAGACAUUAAAGCUAUGAAAUAACAUCUGGAAUUAUGUGGUAAAAAACAAAAAGGGUUUCAUAUUUUAGAUUCUUCAAAGUAGCCAGUGUUUACCUUGACGCUUUACACACUAUCGGCAUUAUCUUAACCAGCUUCAUGAGGGAGUCACCUGGAAUGCUUUUCAAUUAACAAGUGUGCCUCGUCAAAAGUUAAUUAGUGCAAUUUCCUGCCUUCUUAAUGCAUUCGAGAUCAAACAGUAAAUGAUAAAUAAUAAAAAUACAGUAAAUAGCCCUAUUCCACAACUGUAGUAAUCCAUAUUAUGUCAAGAACCGCUCAACUAAGUAAAGAGAAACGACAUCCAUCAUUACUUUAAGACAUGAAGUGCCUUUUUAAUUCAUAAAAAUAAAGAAAAGCCAUUAAAUUAGAAGGCAUGUCCAAACUUUUGACUUGUGCUGUAUGUAAAAUAUUCUGUGUGCAUCAGGAUUAGGAAUUUAAUUUGGUCAAAAGCAUGGUACAAUAUACAGUGCUUUAAUGCCGCUUUUCCACUACCAAUGCGGCUGAGUCGGGCUGAGCCGUGCCGUGCUGAGUCGAGCUGAGCGGGGCUGUUGGAGUUGCAUUUCGACUACAACCGCGCUGAACCGUGCUGGCUGGAAGUGGGUGGACACAUUGGGUGGAGUUAGCAAAAGUGGGUGGACGUCACGUGAUGUCGUUAGGCGGCGCAAACAGUGACAUCAGUGAUCUUUUAAGCGGUAGUCUCACGACCCGGAUAGUAAACAAUAAACAUGGAGGACAUGGAGUUGUUAGUGUUGCUGGUCUUGGUGCUGUGGCUUGUUGUCACCGACAACGCCAACAGAUACUGGCAAGAGCGUAUAGAUGAGACGAGGCGAAUAAGGCUUCAGAAAUUCUCGUAAUUCUUCUUCUUCCGGGUUUACGGUGUUUACAGAUCUCAGCGUGCUUGCGGGGCGUGUGUGGGCAUGUGAGGACACUCCUCCUCACCAAUCAGUGCACAGGGGAGUGUCUCCUCACGCCCCUAGCCCCACUCGGCUCGGUUUGGCUCGCUUCAGCCCUACUCCAAAACCGUGCGAGUUUUGGGGGCUGAGUAGGGCUGAAGCGAGCUGAGUCGUGCUGCUCUGAGGUAGUCGAAACGCGAGCCGUGUCGGGCUGAAGUGAGCUGAAAAAGGGUAGUGGAAAAGGGCCAUAAGUCUCCUAACUCCUCAGCAGUGUUUUGUUUGGCUCAGUGCUGGAGACCAACUGAAACUAUCUUUUAAAUAUAAAAUAUGGGAUUAUGUUUAGUGACCUCAAAUUCUCAACACCCAAGACAACAGAGCACAGCAAUUGCUGUUGUAAGGGAUCCUGAUCAAGGGAUAAACGUUGUUGCAGAUUUAUUAUGUUCCUAAAACUGUAUGCUUUAAGCCCUUUUUAUGUGGUUUGUGUGUACGCAGAUUGUACUGUGAUGUAUUUCUUACAGUAAUUUGGGAAAUUCUAUCUAUCACUACAAAUUGUGUAAUAUCUGAUAUUAGUUAUGCCAAAUUACAUCAUCUUGUGUUUGUGUGAAUUAUUUUACUGUGGGCAAUAAAAUGUUUGUUCUUUUA